GUGCCAGGAGCACUUGUGAAGUUCUAUCUUCGUUCUCGAGCAAUGUAAAGCUCCCGCAGACUUACCGCAUCGUAACGAGGUCUAGGGCAGUCUAUUGGCAAACCGCCUGGAAAUCUAGCACGUCAUAACACGGGAACAUGAUAUUCAAGUGUUCAUACACUCGGCAGAACCUCUCUGACGAGCCUUCACCCCCAGUACCUCGCUCACGUGCAUAUACACCUGGAGCUGUCAAACUUCUUCAUCGACUGCAAGACAGCCGCACAUCUACAUUGAAUACCUCCCCGUACCGUGGGUGUGCAAACGGUAUCCGUCUACGAGCGAAACUCGACAAUGGUACAGCAAGAACCAUGCGUCUUUGCGCAGCCUGCAGAGACCGCCCUCAGGCGAUCGCUAGUGACAUGAUGUACCUACCCCUAGCACCUUAUGUCAUAGCUUGUGAAAGGUGCUGGAUUCGAUUAUUCGAUUCCAGUUUGUCAAUUACACUCACGGCAGACGGCAAUCAAUCAAUAUACGUAGAAAAAUUCUCAGCAUUCCAAGAGACCCUACAUUUUUCCGGACGAUCAUUCAUUUUUCUCGACCGAUCCGGAGGUGGCAGACCCACAUCGCUCCUUCCGCAAAUUUGACAUGGUCGAAAAUUUCACCACCACGCCCACGCCCACCACGACGCUGUGGACUGCAAAAGAGAACUAGAGAAAAGCAAAAGAUAUGGACGAUCUGGGAAUCGAACCCAGGACCUUUCCCAGGCUGCUCGAUUGCCUGAAAGGCGACCGAAGUGCUAAGGGAAAAUUAUACCACUAAACCAAUCGCCCAUUGC